AUGGCGCGGGAAUUGUUUGGGACGGGAAAGAUACUGAUCGGCGUGAUCCACCUGCUUCCACUACCAGGCUCACCGAGAUGGAACGGCAACCUGAAGUCGGUGAUGAACCGGGCCAAGAUGGAAGCGGGGAUUCUCCAGGAUGGCGGCGCUCAAGGCGUCAUAGUCGAGAACUUCGGCGACUCACCCUUUCGCACCGGCCGAGUCGAUCCGGAGACCGUGGCGGCCAUGACCCUGGCUGUUGAGCAUGUACGCGGGGCGGUUUCGAUCCCGGUGGGCAUCAACAUGCUUCGGAACGACGCCAUCUCGGCCCUGGGUGUGGCGGUGGCCACGGGCUCCGAGUUCAUCCGGGUGAACGUACAUUACGGCGUGAUGGCCACCGACGAGGGCAUCGUUGAGGGCGAGGCCCACGAGACCACCCGCCGCCGACGGUCGCUGAAUGCGGACGUGCAGAUCCUUGCCGAUGUGCUGGUGAAGCACGCCGAGCCGAUGGGCCAGAAGGACAUCGGCCUGGUGGCCCAGGAGACCACCCGGAGGGCGCUGGCAGACGGGCUGAUCGUCUCCGGUCCGGCCACGGGACAGCCGACCAACAGCUUCGAUGUAUCGGUGGUGCGCCGUGCGGUGCCCGACGGGUUCGUACUGGUGGGCAGCGGCAUCAACGAUCACAACGUGUGGCGAAUCCUGGAACACGCGGACGGCGCGAUCGUGGGCACCAGCCUGAAGAAGGAAGGGAUCGUGACCAAUCCGGUGGACCCGGAGCGGGUCAGCCGGCUUGCCGAGAUAUUCGCGUCGAUGCCAUAG